UGCCGAAUCAAUGGCACCUAGCCAGGAUAAAGAUUAUGUCAAAAUUUAUAUUCCAAAAACACCGGAACAACGGAAACGAAUAGAAGCAUCGAUCGCCAAUAAUUUUUUGUUCAAAAAUCUUGAUGAAGAGCAGUAUAAAGAUGUGAUUGAUGCGAUGGUAGAAAAGAGGGUCGAAAAAAAUGAAGAGAUUAUCAGCCAAGGUGGUAUCGGAGAUUUCUUUUACGUUGUGGAGACUGGUACAUUUGAUGUUUACGUCUCCAAAAAUGGAUCUGCUCCAGAGUUAGUACAUCAUUAUGAAGCUGGUGGAAGUUUUGGAGAGCUGGCUUUAAUGUACAAUGCUCCACGUGCUGCAACUGUUGUUACUACAUCAGAUGCUGUUCUUUGGGCUUUAGAUAGAGUAACUUUUAGACGGAUUCUUAUGGAAAACACUUCUCGCAAGCGAAGAAUGUAUGAAUCAUUUCUUGAGGAGGUUCCAAUUUUGAUUUCAUUGGAACCUUAUGAACGACACAAGAUCGCUGAUGCCUUGGAAUCCUUGUAUUAUGAAGAUAAUCAGUUGGUUAUUAAACAAGGAGAUAUAGGUAACAGUUUUUAUCUUAUAGAAUCUGGUGAAGCUCGGGUAACGAAAGUGGACGAAGAUGGUGUUGAGCAUGAACUUCCCG